AUGGACAGACGGAGGGAGUACCAACUCUCAGAUUCUGCUAAGUAUUAUCUUACCGACAUUGAUCAUAUUGCUAUGCCCUCAUUUGUGCCAACUCAGCAAGAUAUUCUUCGAGUCAGAGUGCCAACUACAGGAAUUAUUGAGUACCCUUUUGAUUUAGAAAAUAUUAUAUUCAGGAUGGUGGAUGUAGGUGGCCAAAGGUUGGAAAGAAGGAAAUGGAUUCAUUGUUUUGAAGGUGUUACUUCCAUCAUAUUCUUAGUGGCAUUAAGUGAAUAUGAUCAAGUAUUGGCAGAAUGUAACAAUGAGGAGAAUCUGCUCCACAGUCUUCCCAAGCACGGAAGCGAGGCUCACUGACCUGUAGUUCUGCAGAUCUUCUGUUCUCCCUUUCUUGAAUAUGGGAGUGAAUCAUAGAAUACCCCAAGCUGGAGGGAUCUACAAGGAUCACUGAGUCCAACUCUUGGCUCUAUACAGAUCCACCCCAAAUUCAAACCCUAUCUCUGGGAGCACUGUCCAAACACCCCUCGAACGCUGGCAGCUUGGGACCAUGACAACUGCUCUGGGGAGCCUGUUCCAUGCCCACCACCUCCACCCUAACACUGAACUUGACCCUGCCCUGGUGCUGUUCCAUGCCUUUUACUCAAGUCUUGCUGCUGUCACCAGAAAAGAG